AAUCAAUGAAAAACUGAAAAUCGCAUACAAGUCAUGCGUACCAUUGUACACAGGUUGCGUAAUUAUUUAUUUUUUCGCUGUGACUCGGCAUUUCAUAACAACUCGUCUGCGUUAAGUCACCGUUACCUGGCAUUUUCGAUGUAUUCUCGCACUGCGUUAACAGCCUUAUCAUUAGUUUCACGGGGAUCGUUGCGUCUAACUAAAAGUCGUUUUACAAAGAUUGUAACUGAAGGACAUAAUUUAGUUCGAAAAUCACCGUACAGACCGAUCACAAUGGGAUCUUUGAUAUCGGGAAAUUCGCCAACCUCAUCUUCUGGUGUUGAAGUUAAAUUCACAGAAGAAGAAUUGAAAGAACGUCUAACACCUAUGCAGUAUCAUGUUACACAAGAAAAGGGAACAGAAAGAGCAUUUACAGGAGAGUUGAUUUACAACAAAGAAAGUGGAAUUUACAGCUGCGUUGUUUGUGGACAAUCUUUGUUUAAGUCAGAUCAUAAGUUUGAUUCUGGUUCGGGAUGGCCAUCGUUUCAUGAAGUGAUGAAUUCCGAUUCUGUUGACACACAUACUGAUCUAAGUCAUGGUAUGAAACGAGUUGAAGUCACUUGCAAAAAGUGUGGCAGUCAUCUUGGGCAUUUAUUUGAUGACGGACCCAAGCCAUCAGGACAGAGGUUUUGUAUCAAUAGUGCUUCUUUGAAGUUUGAUGGCAGUAAGAAGAAAUCAGAACUAUAAUAUGAAUAUCAUAUAAUACUUUAUCAACUAUCCCAGGGGUGGUCAACCAGUCACAGACCAAGAGCCACAUUUUGCACUUUUUUAUCGCGAAGAGCCACAUUAUAAACAAUAACACACAUGAACAUCAGAUAUAACUUUAUUCACCUCUGCUAGAAUGCUAGUUUAUUGUAAAUGUCACUAACCAACAUGGUUAUAACAGAAAUUUACAAGCCAUUUAUUGUUAUGAAUGCUACUUAGUGGGACCUCUGGCAUUCCUUGGAUUGCACAAUUAUCUUUAAAUCUGACUUGUAUAUCGUUGUAGCCAAUCGAAGCGGUUACAGAUCAAUGCACAGAUUUGCAUACGUGUAUGAAUCGUACUUAGCAAGUUAUUUUUUUUUCUUGAAAUAACCAAGGCUAAAAGAGAUGCAUAAAACCGACACAGAGGCUCGGCAACCCCUGAACUAUCCAAUCCUCUCCAGUAUAAAUUAAAAUAUGCAUCACUCGG